CAAAGGUGUGGCCUUGCGGCAUUUCAAAUGGAAAGGGAGGGUCCUUCAUGGAAAGAUGCUAUACUUACAUCCCUGCUUGAACGUGAUAUUAUUGAGAAGUCAUUUUUUAACGAGAUUUUUACACAGUACAACUCGAAUAAGGACAUUGUGUUAUACCUCAAGGGGGAAAAUAGUCGUCUUGUACGUGAAUUAACAUUAUGCCAACAAGAGAAAUCCUCAAUACAGCUAGAACUUGAAAAGAUAAAGUCUGUCAAAUCUUAUGACUAUGAGCAGAAGGUGUUUCAUUUGCAAGAAGAGGUUACCGAAUUGCAUCGACAGAAAGGGAACCUCGCGCAAAAUGUUAUUGAUUUAAAUAGAGUUCUUCAGGAAAAAGACACCUUGCUCCAAUCAAAGUCCUUGAAGAUUUCGGAGUUAGAGGACUGUCUUAAGGCUAACCAAGUGCAGAAUCAUCACUUAAUGGAAAAGGUUAAGGGACUGGAGGAAACUAAAGAAUUGCUUACAGAUGAACAGGCCUCACAUUUAAUGACCGCGAAGGCACUAGAAACAAAAAACAGGCAACUUGAGGAUGAUAAUCUGCAACUUAUGAAACGAAUAAAAGCCCUCCAAUCCACUGUCGAAAGGUUGAAAAAUAUAGAGUAUGAUGUGCAGUAUAGAAAAACUCAAGAAACAAUCCGCAAGAAUCUUCAAGAUGCAGUCAAUUCGACUAUAUUCGUUACUGAUAGUGAUUGUCCGGACAAACCACUACCCUGUAAAUCUGCACUUCCGCGUAACGUUGCAGUCAAAAUAGAUGCUAAUGAAAAUGAAGUAAAUAGUGUUCGGUUUACUCCAUCAGGCCACAUUUUCGGAUCGGCAGGAUUUGAUCGUAAACUCCGAUUAUGGACAUAUCUAAAUGGAAAAUGUGAAAUCCAUUCAACCCUUGUUGGUUGUAAUGCUGCUGUCACUGCCAUAGAUUUUGACCCAAAUGAAACUGCUGUUUUAGGUGCCUCGAGUGAUUUUUCGUGUCGUGUAUGGACACUAAAUGAUUCCAGACUUCGAGUCAAUUUGACAGGACAUUCUGAGCGUGUUAUCUCUGCUAAAUUUAUGAGGUCUGCUAACCGCGUUGUUACUGCCUCAUCAGAUAGAACAAUCAAGAUUUGGGACGUCGACAAGUGCUGUUGUAGGCGUACCAUCAUGGCUGCCUCCACAUUCCAAGAUGUAGUUGUUUGUCCCUCCAUGUCUGCGCUUGUCACUGGACAUUUCGAUCAACAUUUACGCAUUUGGGAUGAACGAUCUGGAGAAAAUACUGGCAAAAUCUUGCUCUCCGGGCGUAUUACUGGUAUGGACAUCUCUUCUGAUUUCACAACUGUUUUAUCUUGUACACGUAACAACACUUUAGAAAUUGUGGAUUUACGUAUGAAUCAAGUUACACAAUGCUUGAAAGCUGAUGGUUUUCAAACAGGUUUAGAUAUAGUUCGACCAUGCUUCUCACCUGACUCAGAUUAUGUAGCUGCUGGUGGACAUGAUGGUGGAGUUUAUAUUUGGAGCACAGUUUCAGGAAAUUUAGAAAUUUGUCUCCGUGACCACACAAAUAUUGUCGUUUGUUGUCAUUGGAAUCCGAAUGGUAAUUCUCUAGUAUCAUGUGAACGUAUUAAGAAAGCAAUUGUCUGGUCUAGUUUGUAAAAUUCCAUUACUAUGGUAUUUAUUUACUUACACAUAGUCUUCCAGUAAACAUUCUCUUUAAUCCGGCUUUACAUUAAUCUUUUCAAUGUUCGUUUGUUUUUGUCAUGUUCUUUCUUACCAGAUAUUUUCCCUUCUCUCUCCUUUCAUAUUUCCUAAUUUAAACACUAUUUGUAAUUUUUUAUUACAUAUGUGAUAAUGGUUAUAAUAGGUUUCAUUAUAUUUAUAAUUAAUUAUAUCGACUUACGAUUUAUGUAUAGUAAUUAAUUUAUGUAUUAAUUUACUUCUAAUAAAAAAGAUAAUAUUGAGCAAAAUGCACUUCUUUUUUGUACCUCUCUAGGUAUGAAUGUCUGAUAUUCAUACUACUGAUUGUUUUCUUCAUUAUUAUGCCGUUACUUUAAUUUUUAAAAUAGCUAGUCAAUGUUUCAACUUCUGUUAAUUUAGUCCCAUCAUGCUAAAUUGGUAUGACAACUUCAGCUAACACACAUUUGUGCUAGUCUCUACAUUGAUUAUGACUGUUUUAGCAUCUAAAAGUAUACAGCUAUUUUUUUCUUGAGGGAAAAGAAACACAUUUAGUCUUUUUUGAUAAUAUAAGUUCUAUUCAUAUUUGAACAAGCCACUCAAAUUCGACUAAUGUAUGAAAUAAUUCUAUGAAUUGUAAUAAAAUUAGCAUGUACCCUAGUAAAAGUCGUUAACUGUACUUAUAUACGAGAUAGUUAACAGGAUGACCGAGUACAAGAAAUACAGAAUAAUCUUUAAGAGCAAGCACCUCAGAAUAGUAGGUAUUUUUUUAGGGCAAGAUAAUAAAUUAAGAAUUGUGGACCAAUCUAUUCUUCUACUUAGCAAUCAUUUAAAAAAAAAAUUUUUUUUGUAAAUCAGAUAAAAACCGUAAUUCUAUCCCUUAUAUUAAACGUUUAUACUACUCUCCUUAUGUUAUUGACUGUAAGAUAAAACAAAUGGUUCUUACAUAUAAACUGAAGCACACUUCAGUCAUGUUCACUGAAAAAUAUUCGUAAACUAAUCAUCUGAGCCACUUAAAGGUCAACACACAUUUCAGUUUGGAAUAUUCUCCCAUCGGCUUUUGUUUGUCAAGCGAACUAGAAUAUGAAAAUGGGUAACCAGUCAAAUGCUAAAUAAGUAAUUUUGGUAAAUGAAUGCUUGAGAGAUUUUCCUUAGAUUCAAAAGUAGUGCAAUUAGGGUUCGCUGAAUAAUAAUAAUAAAGUGAUUGUGAUAGUUACCCAUCGAAACGCAUAACCUUCAUCUAUUUUAACCUAGUCACUUCAACUUUACAAUCCAGUUCACUUAUCGUAGAAACUCGUAAUCAGCCUAAAUAAACUAAAAAACUAGGAAUUUGUUUUGUUAAAUAUCGGGCUCGUUGCCUACUACAUUUCAUGUUUAUUUAUGAGUUAACAAAUCAACGCGUCGGCGAUGACCUCCGCUAUACUGGUAAUCCAUUUAUUGCUUUCAUAUAACUUAUCAACGAACCUUGAGAUGUGGUUUGUUCGGUAUAUAACUUGACGUAAUUUGUCAGUUACAUUUCGCCGCUAACUAAACAGGUUACAGCCACAAAUUUGAAUUUGACGAUGAUUUGCGAUCAAUGACCCGUGACACUUAUCUUCGUGAUAAAUUUUUAUAGAACUUUGAAUUUGACUGAUAUAGUUGUACACGUUUGUGCUUUGUUAUAUGACUCACUCCUAUAGUCACCGGAAAUAAUCUUCAAUAGUGAUGAUAAAUCGAUAUCAUAUGUACAAUCGAUUACGAAUAUUUAUAUGCGCAACCAAUCUUCGAAUUAUUCACGUUAAGUAGCUCUUACUGCAAGAAAAUGACUCAAAUCUGACAUUUUUCAAUUAACAGCUUUCCAGCAACCAUUCUAUCUUCAAAAUGGAAGUAUAUUUAAAAAACCAUCUAUUCAUUUCUCUUAACGAUAACAAAAACUUGGAAAUGAUCAUCUUUCGUAAAAUCGUUGAUAAUUCAAUAUAUGUUAGUGUUAAACGUUGUUAUUGUUUUAAUUAAUCUUUUCCACACAUUUCCAGCGAGAAUGCCUACUGGCGAUAAA